GUUUAAACUUAGGGCGAUCUGGAGCGCAUGGCAGCUAGAAGAAUGCAGCGGCUUUUGUCACGGGAAUUUCCGAUCCCUGCGAGAGCGUUCUCUACUCGAUCGUCAGUUCCUGUGAUGGAUUCAUCGUCUGCGCUUGCAUUUGCGACGGUAUACCCGGAUGAUCUCUCCACGGCGCAUCCUUAUCAAGUGGAGAAUCUGGUGCGUGGAAAAUGGGGGAAGAGCUUGAAAUCUAGCAAGCUGCCGGACCCUCUCAAUGGAGGAGAGUUUAUCACAGUUCCAGAGGCCACAGGACACGAGUUGCCGGAGUAUAUCGAAAGCUUGCAAUCGUGUCCAAAGUCUGGGCUCCACAAUCCUUUGAAAAAUCCGGAGAGGUAUCUCUUAUAUGGUGAUAUAUCCGCAAGGGCGGCAUCGUCUUUGAAGCACCGAGAGGUUGGGCAUUUUUUUGCCAGGCUGAUUCAACGAGUUUCUCCAAAGAGUUAUCAGCAAGCUCAGGCGGAAGUGACCGUCACGCAAAAGUUUCUGGAGAACUUCUCUGGUGAUCAGGUCAGGUUCCUUGCAAAGUCAUUCGCUGCACCUGGAAACCACCUUGGUCAGCAAAGCAUUGGAUAUAGAUGGCCUUAUGGUCCCGUCGCUAUCAUCACACCAUUCAAUUUUCCUUUGGAGAUACCGGUGCUCCAGCUUAUGGGGGCACUCUACAUGGGCAAUAAGGCUCUGGUGAAAGUUGAUAGCAAGGUUAGCGUUGUCAUGGAGCAAAUGCUAAGAUUGCUUCAUGCCUGUGGCUUGCCUCCGAACGAUACUGAUUUUAUUAAUUGCGAUGGCCCGGUCAUGAACAAGCUUCUCGUCGAGGCAAAACCGAGUAUGACACUCUUUACUGGAAGCUCUCGGGUAGCAGAAAAGCUGGCUUUGGAUUUGAAAGGUCGAAUCAAACUGGAAGAUGCGGGUUUUGACUGGAAAAUACUUGGGCCAGAUGUCAACGAGAUUGACUACGUUGCAUGGGUUUGCGACCAGGAUGCAUAUGCGUGCAGUGGUCAGAAGUGUUCGGCACAGUCCAUUCUUUUCAUGCACGAGAACUGGAGCUCAAGGAAUUUCGUGGAGAAGCUAAAACAGCAAGCUGCCAAGAGGAAACUGGACGAUUUGACGAUCGGACCAGUUCUCACGGUCACAACUAAAACUAUGUUGGAUCACAUGGAAAAGCUGCUGAGCAUUCCCGGUUCUUCUAUCGCGUUUGGCGGAAAGCCUCUCGAGAAUCACAGCAUCCCAGACGUGUACGGUGCCAUCGAGCCGACUGCCGUCUUUGUACCGCUGAAAGAGAUCCUCAAGGACGAGCAUUUUGAUCUCGUUACAAAGGAAAUAUUUGGUCCAUUCCAGGUUAUUACAGAGUACAAGCAGUGUGAGCUCCCACUCGUCUUGAGAGCUUGCGAGAGAAUGCAUGCGCACUUGACAGCAGCAGUCGUCUCAAACGACGUGGAGUUUUUACAGGAAGUUCUCGGGGAAACCGUGAACGGGACAACUUACGCUGGCAUUCGAGCUCGCACCACAGGAGCUCCUCAAAAUCACUGGUUUGGACCUGCUGGAGAUCCACUAGGUGCUGGAAUCGGAACUCCAGAAGCCAUCAAACUGGUGUGGUCUUGCCACCGUGAGAUCAUCCAAGACUUUGGACCCGUUCCAAAGAACUGGACAAGCACCACUUCUUAGAUGUAGUUCUAAGUUUGAAGCUUAUCGCUAGAGAGAAGUCAACUUUAGCAAUCCAAGUUACAGAUUCCAUUUCA